AAUCCAGUGUACUCUAGGUGGCACUUCCCCUGGUCGCUAAGGAAAUCAGAGACAUGGCUGUGGAGGGAAAGGAAAGCGGUGUUAUAAAGGACCGAGUCGAGGCUUCUCAAGAACCGAAGAAAUCUGAGAAUGUAGAAGAAAAGGCGGUAACUGUGACAGAAGAUGGUAAGGUUGCUGAAGCAAUCAAAGAUUUGGAGAAAGAUGACGAGCCGAAGCAAUCUGAGAGUGUGGAAGAAAAGGGGAUUUCUUUGAUAGAAGAUGGUACGGUUGCUGAAGCAAUUAUAGAUUUGCAAAAAGUGGACGAGCCGAAGCAAUCUGAGAAUGUGGAAGAAAAGGGAGUUGCGUUGAUAGAAGAUGGCAAGGUUGCUGGUGCCAUUAAAGAAUUGGAGAAGGUGGCCUCCCCGAAGGGGGAGGAGAACAAGAAUGGAAGUGAAAUUGUUGAGAGUUCACCAUCAGCGUCUGAUGGAAAUGGAAAGGAAGUGAGGAAGAAAAAGGAGAAAGGUGAGUGUUCAUCAUCAUCGCCUGAUGGAAAAGGUGGAGAAUCUUCUUUGAUAAGCGAAGAAAAUGGGUUAUUUUCUGAUCUGAAGGGGUAUGAGAAAAAGGCAUUGACAGAGCUCAGAUCGAAGAUUGAAGAGGCCAUUUUGACGAACAAGUUGUUCAAGGGGAAGAAGGAAGAGAAACCAGUCCAGAAGGAGAAGCUGGAUAAGGAAAAUGAAGAUUCUGUGAAAGAUAAAAAAAAGGGAGAAGAAGAUGUCGAGGGGGGAAAUAUUGUUGAUAAGGGGAAAUCAAAAGUAGAGGAUGAUGAAGAAAAAUCCGGUGAAGCUAAAAAUGUGGAAAAAGAGGUUGAAAUUAAUCACAAUAUUUCCCUGUGGGGAAUUCAAUUAUUGCCAAGCAAGGGAGAUAAAGGCACAGAUAUUUUGCUCUUGAAAUUCUUGACAGCCAGAGAGUUUAAAGUCAAUGAUGCCUUUGAGAUGUUGAAGAACACCCUUAAAUGGAGGAAGGAAAAUAAGAUUGAUUCAAUCAUGGAGGAAGAUUUUGGGAAUGAAUAUGACACCAUGGCCUACACGAGGGGACUGGAUCGCGAAGGCCAUAUGGUUUGCUACAAUGUUUAUGGGGUAUUUGCAAAUGAUGAAAUAUACGACAAGACCAUUGGUACAGAAGCCGCCCGUGAGAGGUUCUUGAGAUGGAGGUUUCAGUUAAUGGAGAAGCAGAUUCAGAAGCUUGAUUUCAAGCCCAGUGGCGUCUCCUCAUUGCUCCAAAUUAAUGAUCUCAAGAACACUCCGGGACCUUCAAGGAAGGAUCUUCGGCUUGCUACAAAACGAGCUGUGGGGAUUCUGCAGGAUAAUUAUCCUGAACUUGUUGCAAGAAAUAUCUUCAUCAACGUACCUUUCUGGUAUUAUGCCUUUAAUGCGCUCUUAUCGCCUUUCCUAACACAAAGGACCAAGAGCAAAUUUGUCUUUAGUCGUCCAGCCAGAGUUACUGAAACGCUACUCAAGUACAUUGGUGCAGAGCAAAUUCCUGUUCACUAUGGAGGGCUUAGAAAAGAGAAUGAUCCUGAUUUUUCGACCAAAGAUGCUGCUUCUGAGAUUUCUGUUAAGGCUGGAGUAACUGAAACCAUUGAAAUUCCUGCACCGGAGGUUGGAAAUGCCUUGAUGUGGGACCUGACUAUAGUAGGUUGGGACGUGAAUUACAAAGAGGAGUUUGUUCCAACAGAUGAAGGGUCAUACACCAUAAUCGUGAAGAAGGGAAGGAAGAUAAGUUGGCAAGAUGAUUCCAUUCGCAAUUCUUUUAGAAACAGCGAACCUGGCAAGAUUGUGAUCACAGUUGAGAAUGGAAUUUUCAAGAAGAAGCGAGUCUUGUACAGAUGCAAGACCACAAGUACUGCUGCUUCUUGAGUUGGUUGCUUAGAUAAUAAUGUUUUGACGGCAAUUGCCUGGAAGCAUUUUUUCUCCUUUUCUGGUUUGUUGUUAUAUUUCUAGGUUCAGAAUUCAGAUAUAAACUGGUGGCCGGUAUGCCCUGCUAAUUAUAGGAAAACAUUCUUUUUGUAACUAGUUGUGCUACAUUUACAUAAUGGACGUACACAUGAUAACGGUGAGAUAUG